CCAUGUUUCUCAGCAGGAAGCAGGGUUCCUGGGGAGAGCUGGCAUCCCGGCUGCCUCGGGCCACCCGGGCGGGUGGGGCGGGGCGGGCGGGCGGCUCCGCGCGACUCCGAUCCGCUAGGCGCGCGGCGGGCGCACUGGCUGGCGCUGCGCUCGGCGGGUCCCAGUCCCAGUCCCGGGCGCGGGGCCUGGGGCCGGGGGCCGAGCCGGGCCGGGCGAGGCGGGGCGGGGCGGGGACGCCCCGGACACGCGUGCGCACACCGCCGGGCGCGGUCUGGACCCGCCACCCCCAAACUGGAACCGUUUGGACGCCUCGUUUGCACACCCUGACUUGGACUGGAGACAGCUUCUCAGUUUCUGUUCCUCGGGGAAGAGGAAGGCGCCAGGCAUCCUGUCUCCAGGGGAAACCUCGUCAGGCCCCUGACCCUGGUUCACGGGGUCCAGACUUCCCCGGUCGAACCCGGGAGCUGGCCAAGCAGGAAGACCGCAGUCCGGAGUCACCUGCACGGCCGUCCACAGCCUCCAAGACGCCUUCCCGGGGGAACAGUGUUCACUGCGCCCCUGCGUGCACAGCCUGGUGCCGAGGGCUCCGGGCGGCCCUGCCUCCGGGAAGCCUGCUGUCCAGCCCCGCGGAGAAGGCGACGGCGGGCUCCCCUUCGACACGAGGCCAGGGCCCUGGCCGUGUGGCUGGGCACGUCGGGUGACCUCCUGCAAAGCGAAAGGUCCCUGAUUUCUCUCACGCAAUAUUUCUGUGUCUCUAUUUCUCUCUCCC